CUCCGUUCUUUUCUUGCUGCAACAUUUCGGAAGAUUUGAGCCUUUCUGAUUUCACAGCUUUGGGCCUACCUUGGACAGCUCAUAAUUUUGUUCUUUUCGUCAAGCCUAUCGGCUUCUCUUUCUUUUGAUUGACAGUCUUCUCGUCUCUUUUGGGUUGUUGCAACUCCCUUCUUGUCCUCAGAGACAGGGCCUUGAACUUUGUUGACCACUAUGUCAAGGGGUUUCCUCUCAUGAAAUCAACAUAAGGCUGUCGAGUUGAUAGCGCGUCCUAUUGACUGUUUUUGGUGUUGAUAACACAGCCCGCGAAAAGGCAACAAGCAGGCAACCAUCCCGAUGCACGUGAUGUCGUGUACCGAGAUGGGUGGCUCGAACCCACGUGACCCGCGGGUGCCUGAAUGCCUGCGAAGAUGGUUGCUGGCUGCGGGAAGCCCUGGCUCGAUGGUAACGGGAGAGAGCUGGAGAUUAUCAGGUAAGGAAUGAUGUAGUCCGGGAUAUGGGCGAUGAGGAUCGUUGCUGCUGACCAAAUUGAUGGAACAUGCCAAACGCCAGAACAUUGGUGGUGCAUCACUGGGGUAUGUCGUGAUACAGCAGAGAGACAAAGGAAACCUGAACGAAUGUCUUGAUACUCCAGUUAAACAAAAGCCAUGCUGUGUGUCCUGUACGAUCACUCACCUGGAAAAGGAAACAUCUGCGCCACCAUACCAUCUCCUCACCCUCCGAUUCUUAGUUGGAAGUGUGGUCGACACCUUGCUCAAAUUGAGACAAGAUGACGUCCAUGUUCCCCAUCAAAAGACUCUGUCGAGUCCUUGGUGGCAUCCUUCCUGCUAUGUAUUCCCGGUCAAGAGGAAAUUGAGCAGAACGUCGCUCCAGAGCCGAGUCGUGCAAGUCUCUAGUAGUGGAAGAUGAUGAAGAGGAGGUAGUGGAAGAGAAAUAAGAAGAUGAGGACGAUGAGGAAGAUGAGGAAGACGAGACCGACGUGCCAGUGGUGGUGGAUACACAUCGGAUCACUGUGCUUUGCAAUGAGCCCAACCGGGUCUGUGAAGUUCGUUGUUGGGAGUCACUGUCACGGUCAGUCAGUAGCAGAACUGGCAAUGAGUGGCAGGUCACUGCAAGCGAAUGGCCUCAGCAUGAGCACAAGGACCGUGCUUUGAACUGGAGCCACUCUGCAGCCCUGAGAAAGAGACCCAUGUUGGUAGAUGUUGUCCUGUCGCAGGCCCACGCCAGGCAUCGCCCAAGUAUGGGGAGUGUUGGCUAUGGGUGCCUGCGUUCCUAUGACUGGACUACACAAGAAUGACACCAGAAAUCAUAUUGAGGAGUCAUUUGCGAGCGAAUCUCCGCUCUUAUGUAGGGCUCAAUAUCAAAUGUUUGGACUCACCCCAUGUUGUUCUACUGUUGCAAAGACACUGCGUCGAGCCACUUGGUGGAUUUGUAUAGGCGGAGGUUCGGGGCCUCUGGGUCGGUUACCUUUAUUUAAAAGUGCAGUAGAUGACAGUAGUGAUUCCUCAAUAGCGUCAAAGUCC